UUGUAACUUGCAGGUUAAGUGGAGCUAGAGAGCUACAUUGUAACCUAGUUGGAUUUUUUUGGGGGGGAAUGUAUCAGAAUCUAACGUGUCGUUAAUAGAAAGAAGAACAGGCAAGAAGUGGUCCAGCCGGCGAAGUUGCAGAUCUGAUCUCUUCUCAACUCAUCGUGUCUCCAUCCCUGGGAAUCUGACCCUAGCAACUGGACCACUUUGUUCUUGGAAUUUUGGGUGUCCUCUCUUUUCACCUUUCCUUUUUCCCUUUAUCCCUUCCCCCUCCUGAGAACUCCUGAAGACUGUAGAGAUUGUCAUGGAGUCCAGGGAAAACUUAAGCAGCUCCCGGCAAAGAGGGGGCGAGUCAGACUUCCUGCCGGUCUCCUCAGCCAAGCCCCCGGCUGCUCCUGGCUGCGCAGGAGAACCUUUGCUCUCCGCUGCAGGACCUGGGAAGGGGAUCCCGGUGGGCGGAGAACGCAUGGAGCCAGAGGAGGAGGAUGAACUGGGCUCAGGGCGGGAUGUGGAUUCCAACUCCAAUGCGGACAGCGAGAAAUGGGUGGCAGGAGAUGGCUUGGAAGAGCAGGAGUUUUCUAUCAAGGAGGCGAACUUCACAGAGGGAAGUCUGAAGCUAAAGAUUCAGACCACAAAGCGGGCUAAGAAACCCCCAAAGAAUUUGGAGAACUAUAUAUGCCCACCUGAGAUCAAGAUCACCAUCAAGCAGUCUGGGGACCAGAAGGUGUCCCGUGCUGGAAAAAAUAGCAAAGCUACGAAGGAGGAAGAAAGAAGCCACUCCAAAAAGAAGCUCCUCACAGCCAGUGACCUUGCAGCCAAUGACCUCAAAGGAUUUCAGCCACAGGCUUACGAGAGGCCCCAGAAACAUUCAGCUCUCCAUUAUGACACAGGCCUCCCACAGGACUUCACCGGUGACACCUUAAAACCAAAGCACCAGCAAAAAAACAGCAGCCAGAACCACAUGGACUGGUCCACCAACUCUGACAGCGGACCUGUCACUCAGAAUUGCUUCAUCAGUCCAGAGUCUGGCAGAGAAACUGCAAGCACCAGCAAGAUCCCAGCUCUUGAGCCCGUGGCUUCCUUUGCAAAGGCCCAGGGUAAGAAAGGCAGUGCAGGGAACACGUGGAGUCAGUUGUCUAACAGUAACAAAGAUCUGCUCUUGGGAGGUGUGGCUCCAUCCCCAAGCAGCCACAGCUCACCAGCCCCACCCAGCAGCUCUGCUGAGUGCAAUGGGCUUCAGCCUUUGGUGGAUCAAGAUGGAGGAGGUACAAAGGAGCCCCCAGAACCACCUACUGUGAGCAGCAAGAAAAAGUCCAGUAAAAAAGAUGUGAUAAGUCAGACCAUACCAAACUCAGACCUGGAUUGGGUCAAGAAUGCCCAGAAAGCAUUCGACAAUACAGAAGGGAAAAGGGAAAGUUAUUCUGCAGAUAGUGCCCAAGAGGCAUCACCAGCCAGGCAGAACGUGAGUUCUGCCAGUAAUCCUGAAAAUGACCCAAGUCAUGUCCGGAUUACUAUCCCCAUCAAGGCACCCUCUCUGGAUCCAACCAACCAUAAGAGGAAAAAGAGACAGUCCAUUAAAGCGGUGGUGGAAAAGAUCAUCCCAGAGAAAGCCCUGGCUUCUGGACUCACUAUGAGCAGUGAAGUAGUUAACAGGAUACUUUCCAGCUCUGAGGGGAAUAAGAAGGAUCCCCGUGUCCCUAAGUUGGGUAAAAUGAUAGAGAAUGAGUCCCCCUCAGUUGGCCUUGAAACUGGUGGAAAUGCCGAGAAAGUUAUCCCAGGAGGUGUGUCUAAGCCGCGGAAGCCGCCCAUGGUCAUGACAUCUCCAACAUGCACAGAUCACUCUCCACCAAGAAAGCUGCCGGAAAUCCAACAUCCAAAAUUUGCUGCAAAACGAAGGUGGACUUGCAGCAAACCGAAACCCAGCAGCAUGCUUCGAGAGGCAGUUAUGGCCACCUCUGAUAAACUGAUGCUGGAGCCCCCGUCUGCGUAUCCCAUCACCCCAUCCAGCCCUCUGUACACCAACACAGACAGUCUUACUGUGAUCACUCCAGUCAAAAAGAAACGGGGACGACCAAAGAAGCAGCCUUUGCUCACAGUUGAGACGAUUCAUGAGGGUACUUCCACCAGCCCCGUCAGUCCCAUCAGCCGAGAGUUUCCUGGCACUAAGAAAAGAAAGCGACGACGCAAUCUAGCGAAGUUGGCCCAGCUAGUGCCAGGAGAGGACAAACCCAUGAGUGAGAUGAAAUUUCACAAGAAAGUUGGAAAGCUCGGCGUGUUGGAUAAGAAGACCAUCAAAACUAUCAAUAAGAUGAAGACACUAAAGAGGAAAAACAUCUUGAACCAGAUCUUGUCCUGUUCCAGCAGCGUUGCUCUGAAGGCAAAAGCUCCCCCAGAGACCAGCCCUGGGGCAGCAGCCAUUGAAAGCAAACUGGGCAAGCAGAUUAAUGUCAGCAAGAGGGGAACCAUCUACAUUGGCAAGAAGCGGGGCAGGAAGCCAAGAGCAGAGCUGCCACCCCCAUCAGAAGAACCCAAAACAGCCAUCAAGCACCCCAGGCCUGUUUCUAGCCAGCCGGAUGUUCCAGCCGUGCCUUCCAACUUUCAGUCACUUGUGGCAUCUUCACCAGCAGCUAUGCACCCACUUUCAACACAGUUAGGUGGGUCAAAUGGCAACCUGAGCCCUGCCAGCACUGAAACCAAUUUUUCAGAGUUGAAAACUAUGCCAAAUCUCCAGCCCAUCAGUGCUCUUCCAACCAAAACCCAAAAGGGAAUACACAGUGGAACCUGGAAGCUGUCUCCACCCAGACUGAUGGCCAACUCUCCUUCACACCUGUGCGAGAUUGGCUCCCUAAAGGAAAUCACGCUGUCCCCUGUGAGCGAGUCCCACAGUGAGGAGACGAUCCCCAGCGACAGCGGCAUUGGGACAGACAACAAUAGCACUUCUGACCAAGCGGAGAAGAGUUCAGAAUCCCGAAGGCGGUACUCUUUUGACUUCUGCUCCCUGGACAACCCGGAGGCCAUUCCGUCAGACACCAGCACAAAGAACCGGCAUGGCCACCGGCAGAAGCAUCUCAUUGUGGACAACUUUCUGGCCCACGAAAGCCUCAAGAAGCCAAAGCACAAGAGGAAACGGAAAAGCCUGCAAAACCGUGAUGACCUCCAGUUUCUGGCAGACCUGGAGGAGCUCAUCACCAAGUUCCAAGUGUUCAGAAUCUCCCACCGGAGUUACACCUUCUACCACGAGAAUCCAUAUCCCAGCAUUUUUCGUAUUAAUUUUGAUCACUAUUACCCAGUGCCAUAUAUCCAGUAUGACCCGUUGCUCUAUCUUCGUAGGACUUCAGACUUGAAGUCAAAGAAGAAGCGUGGUAGGCCUGCAAAAACCAAUGACACCAUGACAAAGGUGCCUUUUUUACAAGGGUUCAGCUACCCUAUUCCCAGUGGAAGUUACUAUGCACCCUAUGGAAUGCCUUACACAUCAAUGCCUAUGAUGAACCUUGGUUAUUACGGUCAGUACCCAGCUCCUUUGUACCUAUCGCACACGCUUGGAGCAGCCUCCCCAUUCAUGAGGCCAACAGUGCCACCACCUCAGUUCCACACAAACUCCCACAUAAAGAUGUCCGGUGCAGCUAAGCAUAAAGCUAAGCAUGGAGUACACCUGCAGGGACCUGUUAGCAUGGGCCUCGGUGACAUGCAGCCUUCUCUGAACCCUCCCAAGGUUGGCAGCACCAGUCUGUCCAGCGGUCGGCUCCAUAAGAGGAAACACAAACACAAGCAUAAGCACAAGGAAGACCGGCUCCUAGGGACCCACGACAACCUGAGCGGUCUCUUUGCAGGCAAAGCCACAGGCUUCUCCAGCCACAUCCUGAGUGAGCGGCUGAGUAGCGCAGACAAAGAGCUCCCGCUGGUGAGUGAGAAGAACAAGCAUAAGGAGAAACAGAAGCACCAGCACAGUGAAGCCAGCCACAAAGCUUCUAAGAACAACUUUGAGGUGGACACCCUGUCUACACUGUCACUUUCCGAUGCCCAGCAUUGGACACAGGCCAAGGAAAAAGGAGACUUGAGCAGUGAGCCUGUGGACUCAUGCACGAAAAGAUACUCUGGCAGUGGCGGGGAUGGUGGCAGCACGAGAUCGGAGAACCUGGACGUGUUCAGUGAAAUGAACCCUUCUAAUGACAAGUGGGACAGUGAUGUGAGUGGGAAUAAAAGGAGGAGCUAUGAAGGCUUUGGAACGUACAGGGAAAAGGACAUCCAAGCUUUCAAGAUGAACCGCAAGGAGAGAAGUUCUUAUGACUCCUCCAUGUCUCCAGGAAUGCCAAGUCCCCACUUAAAAGUGGACCAGACAGCAGUGCAUAGUAAGAACGAAGGCUCCGUGCCCACCAUGAUGACUAGGAAGAAGCCAGCCGCAGUUGACAGUGUUGCAAUUCCACCAGCCCCCGUGUUAUCUCUCCUUGCUGCAUCCGCAGCAACGUCGGACGCAGGUGAGCACUUUUCAGAUGCUCUGGGUUCACUCCAGGCAAGACCAGUGUGGAGAAAGCCCACUGAGAAUGUCCUGUUGAAUACAGUCGGCUCCUCCCUGAAGAAGAGGUUCAAGCGGAGGGAGAUCGAAGCCAUCCAGUGCGAAGUGCGGAAAAUGUGCAACUACACCAAGAUCCUGUCCACCAAGAAGAACCUGGACCACGUGAACAAGAUCCUGAAGGCCAAGCGGCUGCAGAGACAAUCAAAAACAGGCAACAACUUCGUCAAGAAGAGGCGCGGGCGUCCCAGGAAGCAGCCCACCCAGUUCGAUGAGGACUCCAGGGACCAAAUGCCGGUGCUGGAAAAAUGCAUCGACCUGCCCAGCAAAAGGGGCCAGAAGCCCAGCCUGAGCCCGCUGGUGCUGGAGCCCACCACCAGCCAAGACACCAUCAUGGCCACCAUCGAGGCCGUCAUCCACAUGGCCCGGGAGGCGCCGCCCUUGCCCCCGCCCCCGCCGCCGCCCCUGCCACCCCCUCCACCACCGCCCCUACCCCCGCCACCCGCUCUACCCAAGACCCCCCGAGGCGGAAAGAGGAAACACAAACCGCAGACUCCCACUCAGCCCCCACAGCAGCCGCCCCCGCAGCAGCCCCUUCCCCAGGAAGAGGAGGUGAAAGCCAAAAGGCAGAGGAAGUCCCGAGGGAGUGAGAGCGAGGUCCUUCCCUAGGGCGGGUCUGGGCGUCUGCACCUGGGGCCUAGGGAACUGACACGUGGGAAGCGCAGUGAGCCGGGGCGGGGGGCGGAAUCCCCCUGCUGCAGGGACACCCACGCCCUUCUCUCCAGAAGCCAGACAGGCAGGCAGAAUCGGGCCAGAAGACGGGGCUGAGCCAUCCGGAGCUCUUGGGAAAGCAAAGCAGGGAGACACCAGAGGAAGCAGCUUGUCUGAGCCUCACCGCAGCUCCCACCACGCGGCGCUCCAGUGCGGCUGGAUCCUCCGCAGGCCCCAGAAGGCCCCCAGGAGGAGCAGGCUGGUGGCGCUCUCUUGACCUCCUGCUGCCACGGUGCGCCCUCGACUCGGAUUUCAUUUGCUGGCCAGGGAAAUCAAAAGGGAAACACCCUAAAUUAGGAAACAUUCCAAGAGGAGAAAAGCUGCAGAUUGCUCAACUGGCAUUGCUGUAACCCGUUUCCAUUUAAUUGGUUUUUUUUUUUUUUUUUUCUUUUGGUUUUCAAGCUCUGCUAAGCUUUGGGUACCAACGUCAUCUUCGGGUGACCUGAAUCUUUCCCUUAACCGUACAGUUUCUCAGAUGGAAUUGUGUGAUCAGAAGGUGAAAUUCUAGUGAUAGGCGACCUUAGACCCGCAUACAUGUUUUGUGUGCCUCCUCUAUCGCACAUACACUGAUUUUUAGCAUUGUCUGUUCCUACUUUUCCUUUGCCCAUUGUACUUGCACCUUUUCAUUAACUUAUUUGUUGCCUUUUUUGUUUUUCUUGGUACACAUUUAAAUAUUGUAAUCCUUAACCUGUGCUGUAAAGUUCACCCUUGGCAUGCUGUUCCAAGAAGCUGGCUUUGAAUCCCAAUCAUUGUGAAACAUACUCAGUAUCGAUAAAACCUUUUUAAUAAGUGACGCAGAGCAGCCAAGGAUAUGUUGACCCAGAUGUCAUCCAGGCUAUUUUUAUACUUAAAACAUAUCAGCAGAGCAUAGGCAGAAUAAAACGGUUUUAAUACCACGCAGCAAAUGGAAUAACUGACAAACCACCAAAAACUGAAACCCCAGACCCACCAGAAAGACAAGUGUCUAGCAAUGCCUUGUUACCUGAUCUUUUUCAUACAAAUGAUUGUCAUAGGUUGUUCAAAAAAAGGAAACAAAAAGACAGUAGAAGUCCAUUAUCCCUUGAAAAUUAUUUCUUAAAAGCAAAUGGGAGUAAGUGUUCUUAUCUGGAAAAAAAAAAGGAAAAUGCUCAAAGGGUAUCACCACUUCAAUUAUAUCAAGCCACCUUGGACAAAGUAUCCAAAUUGUGGUUGCCUUAAUAAACUAAAACAUUAUUGUACAUAAUGUAAUUAUAAAUCUAUCAGUCUGCAUGGAUGCAAACUGUGUGUGACAAAUCGUCUUUUAAAUGGUCAAUUUCAGCUGUACAUUUCUCAUCGAAGUUGUACUCUAGCCAUUGGUUUAGCGUGGACAGAUAUUCCAUCUCUAUUAUCCAUUUCCGCAGCCCGAAUAAAAUAUGUUAAGCAGGCUCAAAAUGAAUAUGAAGAAUUCCAUUUCCGUAGAUGUUUUCUAAAAGUCAGAUUGUGGAAAUUUCAAAUAAGUAUUUUCAAUUUCCUCCCUUACUCCCUCUUACCUUCCCCAAGACAUCAAACACCUGGCAUGGUAGAUUACAGAAAGAGACACUGAGAGAGAGAAUUAAAUUUUCUGAUGGUAAUUAGACUAUCUGGUUUACCUCCAAAUUAAGUUUCUUUACAGGAAGUUGGGACCAGCUGGAAAUUGUAUUAUCACUUCAGAACACAAUAUUAUUUCCUUAGAGAUGGAUUUUUAUUGGCAACAUAAAAGAAUAAGUGAUGGAGUAUUUAUGUGAGUAAAUUUUUAAGUUCCAAGUUAAUAUGCCUGCAUACAUCACUGCUCCAUCAUGGCACCAGCAGUUGGUUGAAAUUACCCGCAUAGUCAUACUCUUCUGGUCUGUCACCAUGGACUUCACAUCAUUUGCUGCCCACGAGGUCAAUCGCAUUUAAUCCUAGCAAUAUGUAAGUUUAAAGGACUGCCUUCUCCUGUUCUUUAAAGCUUACAUCCUAGGUACUGAGUUUGUGACCUAGGUUGACCUUUGGCAUUUCACAGGAGUUGAACAGCAAAAUCAAAGCAGCCAUUUUUGAUUCGUCAUUCCCAAGCUAUGUCUGAGUGGUUCCAAAGUCACCUGAAAGGAAGGUUUAAAUUAGCCCCUCCCACCCCACCCCCACCUUUGCUAUGAAACAGCAACCAUUUUCAUUCCAAUUCAGCCAUAAAGAGGUUUCUCUUCUUACUGGAUUUUGAAAUCACUUCUUUCUUUCGUUUGCGCUUCUUCCUUCCUGUGUUGUACUAUCUCUCCAACCACGUCUAUAAGCAGAAUAAACCUUCUUGCAGAGGAGGAUGAGCUGGCAGGCACUCUGCAGACUCCUUUAAUAAGGACCCAAAAUUUAGUUGGCAUUAACCUCUAGUAGGUGAGAAGUUCCCAAAACACCUUUGAGUAUGUUAUAAUUUCCAGACCUCUGAAAGAUAUUUCAAGAGAUUUAACAGCAGAGUUGCAACUUACACGUGAAUUCUGGUCUACAGUGGUCAUGUGAGUUAAAUUCGAACCCUCUACAUGUAUGACCUUAGAUUGGAAUACUGCAGAGGACCAAAGCUGAGGCAUGCUAAACAGCCGCUGGGAGGCAGAAGCAAGUUCCAUCACCUACACAGCCUCCUCUCCACCACCCAGUUCCUCUCUCAGUAUCAUGUUAUUUUUUUCUGCUGCUUUUCAUUAACCUAACUCAUCUCAUCAGUACAACCAUUUCCUGAUUCUCUAACUAUCCCGAUUCCGUUAGCCUCUCCCCACUUGUCCAAACUCAGCUCAGCAGUGGGCCAAUGCAGCUUCACAGCCCAAAGUUGGUUGCAGAGCUGGAAAGAAAACCCAGCUCUCCCGACCCAGAUUGUGGAGGUCUCUGGCCACCCAACAAUGCCUUCUGGGGCUGCAUUUCUUUUUUAGAAGAGGACAUUUGGGAUACAUGGUACUCCUUAUACAGAUUCACAAAAUAUUUUAUAAGAGAAAUCCCUUGAUUUUUAUUUAUUUUUCUUUUGUUUUCUGGAUUACUUGCCUUCAGUAAGCAGAUAUGGACCCACUUGUAAGGAGUCUGGUUAGUGAUGAGAAAAGGAUGAAAUCUAGAUACAAAAGCUUCCUUGAAGGUGAUGAUGGAUCUUUAAUCCACCUGACUAAGUAUCUGGAAGAGCCACUUGCUUUUCCACCCCUGAUCUCAAGUGAGAGGAGCAGAAGUUUAACUUCCUCAAAUAGCCUGGCUCUGGCUAAAACCCAAGGAAGAAAGGUCAAUGGAAAGAAAAGAAAAGCAUGUCAGGGGCUGGUUUGUGACUUGGCAGGACCAGGAAUCAGCAGCCACUGACAGCCCAAAGAAGGUGACUAAGGGCUAGCAGAAGAUUAGCAUGUUAACUUGGCUGCUGUCCGGAGUAGGAGGCCAUAUUCAAUGGCAGUCAGAAUUUGUGUUCUGCACAUUGCUGGGUCUAUAAAUAUGAUAAGCAAGUGGUGACAGAAUUAUAGAAUAAGGUGAUGUACUACAUGCAGAUCAUAAAGGAUUUGGUUUUAAGACUUAAGUAGAAAAUCCCACUCCUAGCUUAUUACCCAACAGUAUUCAGAUAAUGAGCUUUUGGAGAAUAUUUUUUUUUUCCUAUCACUAGAAAGAUUUACCUGGAAACUGUCUAAAGUCUAUAUACAUAUUUCCAAAGCCUUUAAAUACCAACCGUAGCAUAGAGAGAGAGGGGUGGCAGAAGCUGAAAUGCCUCAAAAGCCAUUUAAGUGUUACGUUGCAGGAUUUUCAGUCCUUCUCGUUAUGUAAAAGUAGAUAAAUAUAGACGUUAUUCUCAACAUUACCCUAUAGUAUCACAGUGGUCCAAAUGCCAGAGCUUACAGAUAAUGUCAUCACAGUGCCUAGAAACUCGAACUGUAAUAUACCGUAGCAUUUUCUUGGUGUUUCUUAAAGUUUCUUUCCACAAUACAAGGUCCUCUCUGCCUCUUGUUUCUUGGAGAGUUCACCCCACUGAUGAGUCUUCUUUCCCUGUUGGACUCACUCAUUUGGGGAACAGUCUUAGAAGCACAUAUCAACCAAGGAAGAAACUUCCUGGAUAUCUAUUGCCCACUUGCCCAGGUGUAAUAAACACUAAAGGGGGGAAAUUGAAAGGAGCUGCCAGCUGAUCAACAUGGAAGGGCAGUUCCACCCUAGAUUGGUCUUUUUUUCUUCCUUUUUUUAAAAAAAAAUCUAUUUCUUAAAUAAUAAUAAAUGCACAUGACGUGUUAAAUAUGUACAUAUAUAUUUCAAAAGAAAAAAAAUGGGGCACAAGAUUGUCUUACAAGUCGUGCUGGCUAAUUUUUAGUUUGUAUUCAUAAGUGGUUUUUAAAAGCCUUUUUUAAAGUGUAAUUUGCAUGUUCUACUUUGAUUGUAUGUAAACAUAUUUUAGAACAAAAAAUGUAUUUGUAUUUUAUUGAAUAUAGAGGCAAGAAAAAUUGUACAUUGUUUGAAAUGUUCUUUUUGUAACAGUUUUUAUUCAUAAAGCAUUUUUGUACAUUUAAAAUGAACAUGGACUUGCUGUUAUUUGAGGCGUAGCUCCAUCUAGCAUGCUUACUGUCAUGCUCCCCCAUGGUCUUAGAUGUUGGGUUUUAAACAUUUUUUUCUAAAAGAAAGCUCAGUCUUUUUCGCUACCAGAUCAGGUUAGCACAGUAUACAGCACUUAACUAUUAAAAAAAAAAAAGUUAAUCCUAUUCAUAUGUUAUUCAUUGUGUGAAAUUAAAGACAUUCAAUUCAGUCUAA